CCUGUGCUCCAUCUGCAGGACGAAGCAAGGAGUCUCCGACGUAGACGAUCUCCACGUGAAUCAUUCCCUGCUGGAGGAGAUUCUGUCUAUGGGCGAGGAAACGCGGGAACCCCCGAGCGCGGAGGAGGCCGCCUGCACGCGGCACCUCGGCGUGCGUCUGGCCUACUGGUGCUCCACGUGCCGCUCCGCCCUGUGUGGGGAGUGCGUUGUUGAGUUGCAUCCUCUUCCGAAACAUCAGGUCUCCCGGAUUCAAGAGGUCCUGGUGGAGAACAGACGCCACUUGCAGACGGCGCUGCAGACGGUCAUCGACGACAUUGAGAAAGCGACGAAGGACUGCCAUAAAGAGGGGGAGGACACUGGCGCCCACAACAAGGCGCUCGAGGACCUGUCCCAGACAGUCAUGGAAAGUGCGCUGAAGUUAGUGCUGGCCGCAACCAUUCUCGAGAGCCAGAGAAUUGACGUCAAAGACGAUGAAAGAAAGUUAAAGAAUCUUGAAGAUACUGCUUGCAAAAUGUUAUGUGACAUACCUCGAGACAUCUCGGGGUGGGCUGGCAUUAAGGUUCUUCAGACGUAUGCAAAGGAAGUGGAUGAGUUCAAGAACAACGUAUAUAAGAACAUCAGCGCUAAAGAAUCACUCAAAAAAAUCCAAUAUAACGCCUCCAAAGAAACCGAGAAUGCCGUGGCAGCGAAGUGCAACGAACUCAUUAAGCAGGUCGCGUUGCAAUGGCCCGACCGUCACAUGGUACUAGAAAAGGCGGGAGGGUUGCGAACAAGGCUUCAGUAUGCGGAGAAGCGGCUUCACUUUCACUGCCCAAGAAAAGCUUCAAAGAGUGAGACUAUAACGCAGAUGAAGCACUGGAGCCUCCUGCAGUGCCUGACGACCCAAGCGCAGGUGCUCGUGUUCGUCGACCUGCAAGACAGUGAGCUCGGGGACACGAGGAGGGUGUACAUCGACAUGGCGUCGCAGCACAGCCACAGUCAGCACUUCCUGCGCCUCUGCGCCGGCCACGGCAAGGCGUCCUUCCUGAACAGUGCGCUGACGACGAGGCGUGAGGACAGCAACCUAGUCGUUGUUGUGCUGGCAGCCCUGAAUGGAAUCGAGGUGGAUAAAGAGGAGGGAGCAGCACCGAAGCAGCUGCAGAAAGGAGACGUGGUGUCCUUAUCGGGAAAAGUGUGUGUCGUGAUGGAGGCCAGGCCAGGGGCAACCUUGGCCUGUGCCUGUUUAGGAAAGGUAACAUCGGGACUAGACGCGGUGAUCAAGAGCAACGGCAAUCUUGCCAAAGGAAAAAUUUGUGUCAAAGACUGUGGGCUUGCGUGGAAGAUUUAACGUUCGCUAGUGGACCAAAUGCAAGAGAGAAACGGCUGAUGUAGAGCUGAUUACUUUACCGUUCACAUUUCGUCUCCGUCCUGUCAACCACGCUGUGUAUUCACACCAUUCAUCACGUCAGGUCACGUCAGCGUUCCGCGACCAGCUUUGCCCAGCUCGAAUUCAUCCUUCAAGCAAUCCUGGCGCUCCAUACGCUUGGGUUGAUGAAGAGAAUUGGGCUGCUGCUAGAGGAAUACGUCAAUUCAAAAAUAAAAGUUGAAGUUGAAUACUUUUUUUUUUUACAUUUGUUCAACUGUUUCGAGUGUCAAGAUUUAAAUUUAACCAUUUGCUAAAGAAGAGAUCGACAUAUCUUGCCAAGAACACUACUUUUCGGGAAGGAAUUACAUCAAAACUGGCUGUAUGCUGAAGGAACGUGACGUGACAUAAAGUUACAUAACGGUGUAGUGUGAAUAUGGCCAUUUGUUUACUUAAAAGGUUUGACGUGACGUGACGUGAUGUGAUAUGACAGUAUAGUGAGAGUUAGCCUAACAAGUUUUGAAGGAAUAAUGUUUUGACGUGAAAAUUCCCUGACCAUAUUAUGUUGUUAUUUUGUUACGGAUGUCAAUUUGUUACCUUCAGAGAUUUACCUAACGACUGUAUGUAUUGGUUACUUCUUUAGCAAUUAUCUAAUCACAUGAAGAGGAGUCGUAUAUAUUUCGUAUUUCACUAGACUCAAGAUGAUAGUACAACAUAAGGCACAUAUUUGGCGGCAGGUUAUUUCGAGAUUUCAUAAAAAAAAAAUCUUGAGACCAUGUUCGUUCCAGUUCUUGACGAAAUCUCUACGUCAGAUAUCUUGGUCUGGUUUCGGAACCAUAGCAAGCAUUUUCAAACCGAGGAAGCUUCCAAGCUCAUUAUUAAUUAUUAAUAAGCCACAUUGAUAAAGAAACCGCCAGCAUGGCCGAUAGAUAUGCGUGAUUUCGAUAAAUAUCCCCCAUUAAAUUAUUUUGUUGCCAAGAGAUAAUUAUGUAAAUUACCAAACUGUUGAUAUCUGUGCCGACCAGAGGCAUGAAUUGGAGUAUAUUAAUAGCUUCAUUAUUCUCCAAAAGAUGAAUACUAGCUACUUAGAAUUGUAUUAUGGCCAUCUUGGGGAUAUUCGAAGAACUUUUUUAUUUGCCUUUAUAUUCAUUCUAAACUCGUAGUUUGAAAGACAGAUCUUUGCUCUUGAUAACAAUAAUUUAAAACUGCUGCCCUAAAAUGGGUGGGCGAUUUUUUAAUCUAGUUAUUCAUAAUCUUUUAUGCUACAUAGUAUGUUCGUGAUAAAAAAAAAGUGUUUCCUAUGAGGCCGCGGUCCCCGAGUGGUUACAGCAUCGGACUCAAGAAUGUCACGACGGCAGUCUGAGUUCGAGGAUUCGAGUCACCAGCCGGCGCGUUGUUCCCUUGAGCAAGACUCUUCACCUCGAUUGCUGGUCCCAAGCCCGGGUAAAUAGAGAGAAUGAUUACUUAAAAGGUAACACCGGCACUCUCCGUGGGAAGAAACUGGGGACCCUACCACGUACUCACUCUAAGAUCAUCACAUGAAAAAGUACAAUUAAGUAUCAUGCUGUGACAGCCAUGUCAGAAUCUGACAGGGCACCAUACUAUGUUUCCUAUCUCUUCGUCAGUUAAUAUAAAAACAAGGUGAAGAAAUAUUACCUAAAUUCACUAAUUACCAAGAGCGCCCAGUCCGUUUUCAGCCGAGAUUACUUCUGUCACCCACUACGAGCGGGAUCCAGCCCUCACGCAUUGCAGUAAUUUCUUUACGUGGAUUGGGACCGUUUUUGACGAAAACGGCAAGACGAAACAAACCAUAGCUUGCUUACGUUUCUCGUCAAAAAUGUGCCUAUUACCGUAAUUAACGGUGUGCUGCAGUGUUGUUCUUAAUACACUAAAUAUUGCACUGUAAACAGUUUUAUGUAACUGCACCAUGCUGAUAAGUCAGCCCUGCGUUACUUUGCGCACAGUUUCAACGGAACGGCCUGAAGCGCGAUAAUGAUUUUUUUUUGUGGUGGGCCCAGCAGACAACGCUGCAUUGCUUACAAAUACCCCUAAUGUAGAAUGUCAAGGAAUAUUUUCGGCUUGGAUUCUGCCAUAUGAAGCUUCAAUGUUAGCUGAAACCUAGUGGGUACUUCUUGUCUGGUAUUUGACUACAUAUUGGGCUAAGCAAAGAAUGUUAAAUUUGAAGAAACGUAAGAGUGUGAUUACUGACUUGUAAGCCUAGCUGCUGGACUAUUAAUGAAAAAUAUGAUAAGUAAAGAUAAAAAAGACUUAUAAACACCAGCGUAAAUAAAAGCCAUAGUAAAUGUAUUUAAACAAAAUUUAAAACAAAAAGCUCUUGUGGGUCAAUGUUACAUGUGAGCUUCAGCGCAGCACGAAAGACAGUUCCGUUCCAGCAUCGUCCAGUCUUUGCAUCGCUCAGAAGUGUUCCGUAUUUUGCAACGGAACGCAAGGCACGAUGCACUCGGCCGCAGUUCUUUUCUUCUUAACUUUGCGGGCACUGAGUACUUUCCGUUGAAUCUCCAUUUUUAAUUCCCAAAUCUAACUAACCUAUAUAUUUAGUAUUUGCUGAAUUCAAAAGUAUUUAUUCAGUAUUGGUAAAGUAAUGAUGGCGAGGUGACGAAAAUGGAUUCCGCGUGUUCUUUGAUUCUUACCGUUCAUGACUGAUUAAGUACAGGCCUGUCUUUCAAACCCGUAGAUAGGUUAACGUGGGAAUUUCGUAGUCUCGUAUCGAGUUGUUAUUAAAGAAAUUAUAAUAGUAGUAUGUUGCAAAACAAUAUUCUCAAUAGACAGAAACUUCAAUGUAAACGGUUCCUUACUAUACGGAAUGGCAAUAAAAUCUGGCCAGUAGUACGACUUACGAAUUAUAAAGUAGCAGGUAACCAAUGCUCAGUUAACGAAGUCACUCAUGAAUGUAAUGAAUUAAUUGGAACGAAAUUACAAAAAGGAAAAUAAAGGUACUGUCUGGAGUUCCCCUUUCCCUUAGUAUGCAGAAUCACCAUUGUCUGCAUUCUGAAUCAUACUGUUACUCGGUGUCAAUAUAUCUGUUUGUAUUAAAGUUAAAAGAUACUGAGAAACAAGUUAAUCCUCGGCUGUUUCUUGUCAAUCUGUGUAUCAGAGAACUGUAUUUUUAGAAUAAAUACACAUUUUUUC